AUGGAUUCCAGAACAGUCGGUAUCUUGGGUGGGGGACAAUUGGGUCGCAUGAUCGUGGAAGCUGCGAACAGACUAAAUGUGAAAACUGUCAUUCUAGAUGCGCCAGGCUCACCUGCAAAGCAGAUUAACAGCGUUUCUCAACAUAUCAACGGUUCUUUUAGUAAUCCUGAGGAUAUCGAAAAGAUCGCUGCGAAAUGUGACGUGUUGACCGUGGAAAUCGAACAUGUCGAUGUGCCUACGUUAAAGAAGAUGCAAAAAAAACACCCACAUCUCAAGAUUUACCCAUCACCAGAGACUAUUGAACUGAUUCAGGACAAAUUUUUACAAAAGCAGCAUCUGAUCAAAAACGAGAUUGCUGUCACCGAGAGUUUAUCUGUUGACGGCGCCAGUGUAGAAGCAUUGACCGAAAUCGGUGAAAAAUUAGGUUAUCCAUUCAUGCUGAAAUCAAAGACGUUGGCAUACGAUGGCAGGGGAAACUUUGUCAUCAAGAAUAAAGAUAUGAUACCGGAGUCCUUAGAUUUCUUGAAAGAACGUCCUUUGUAUGCUGAAAAAUGGGCACCAUUCAAGAAGGAGCUUGCUGUUAUGAUCGUCCGUUCUAUUGAUGGUCGCGUUUUCUCAUAUCCAACCGUUGAGACCAUUCACAAAGAUAACAUUUGCUACCUAUGUUAUGCACCUGCAAGGGUACCAGAUUCAGUGCAACUGAAAGCGAAACUGCUGGCGGAAAAUGCCAUAAAAGGCUUUCCUGGAUGUGGUAUCUUUGGUGUUGAAAUGUUUUAUCUAGAAGAUGGUAAUUUGCUAAUAAAUGAAAUUGCACCAAGACCUCAUAAUUCAGGUCAUUACACUAUUGACGCAUGCGUAACUUCCCAAUUUGAAGCUCAUGUUAGAGCAGUACUCGAUUUACCCAUGCCAAAAAAUUUCUGCUCUUUAUCCACUUUUGAAACAAAUGCUAUAAUGCUUAAUAUCUUGGGUGAUGAAAAGGAGAAAAAUAAAGAAUUAGAGAUUUGUCAAAGGGCUCUGGAAACUCCCGGCUCUUCCGUAUAUCUUUACGGUAAGGAAUCAAGACCUAAGAGAAAAAUGGGCCACGUUAAUGUUAUAGCUUCCUCCAUGGAGGAAUGUGAAAGGAGACUCUCGUAUAUUAUCGGCGAAGCAAAGAAACCAGUGCAAACAUCCGCCGUGAGAGCCAUGGAGAGAGAAUCCAGUAAAAAGCCUGUAGUUGGAAUUAUCAUGGGAUCUGAUUCUGACUUACCUGUAAUGUCCGCAGCUUGCGAUAUACUCAAACAAUUCGAGGUGCCAUUCGAAGUCACAAUCGUUUCAGCUCACCGUACUCCACAUAGAAUGACCAAAUAUGCCAUUGAAGCAUCGCAACGUGGUAUUAAGGCAAUAAUCGCAGGUGCCGGCGGUGCCGCACAUCUACCUGGUAUGGUAGCUGCUAUGACUCCAUUACCGGUAAUUGGAGUACCUGUCAAGGGAUCUUGUUUAGAUGGUGUGGACUCAUUGCACUCUAUAGUUCAAAUGCCGAGAGGUGUUCCAGUUGCUACCGUAGCAAUCAAUAAUAGUACUAAUGCUGCUCUUUUAGCGAUACGCUUGAUCGGCGCUUUCGAUGGUUCAUUACACAAGAAAAUGCAAGAGUUCUUAUUAAGACAAGAAACUGAAGUUCUUGAGAAAGCUGCCAAACUAGAGAGAAUAGGUUACGAAGAAUAUCUCGGAAAAUGA